CAGAGCAGAUGGCCUUACACACAAAUCCUAUUAACAACUUUCUGCUGAUUGAGGCACAGAGUGGACACGGCUUUCUCAUUCUUCAUUAUCUUGCUUUAAAAGCCUGCUUUUAUUUCUAUUUUUUUAACUACUAAAGACACUCACUGUAGAGCAAAGUUUGGCAUAUUCACCAUGUCAACAGACAAGAAGCCAAAAAAGAAAAAAGAGACCAAUGGCACAACUGAGGCCAAGUCGAAUGGCAGUGAUGCCAAACCCAAAAAAGCAAAGACAAAAAAGAAUCUGGAUUUACCUGAAGAGGACAGCUCCACCACUCAAAGUGGUAAAAAGGUAAAGAAAAAGAAACCAGAAAAAGACAAAGACGAUCCUGAAAAAGAAAAAGAACCAAAGAAGAAACCCAAAAGUGUUCCGAAAAAGAAGAAAGGUUCAGACACGGAAGGCGACGACAAUGACGACGAAGAAGAGGAUACCCCAAAAAAGAAAACAAAGAAAAAAGCGGCAAAGGAGAGUUCCCCAUCUGCAAGUUCUGCUAAAGAGAAAAAAUCCAAAUCUAAAGAGGACAAAGACUCAGAUGGAAAAGAAAAAAAGUCCAAAUCAAAAGAAAAAGACAAGAAGAAAGAGCCAGCGUCAAUGUUCAUGAUCAAUGGAGACAAAGACUCAAAGAGCAAAAAGAAAGCUGCCAAGGCAGACAGUGAUGAGAGCGAAGAGGAUACAAAGUCAACCAAAUCAAAGAAAAAAUCCACGGCUGCUUCCGCAUCCAUGUUCCAAACGUCCGGGGAUAAGGACAAAAGCAAGGACAAAGACAAGAAGACAAAGAAAAAAGGAAAAGCAGAAGAAAGUGAAGAGUCUGAGUCAGAGAAAGAAGAGAAGUCUAAGAAAAAGAAAGGGAAAGGGAAGAAAAAGAAGGAGAGACCCCCCUCACCUGAGAUUGAAUUUGACAACCUGGAGGAUUUUGUGAUGGAUCCGGCUCCACAGGGUGUGACUGUCAAGUGCAGAGUAACGCGGGACCAGAGAGGGGUGGAUAAGAGCCUCUACCCCAUUUACUACCUUCAUCUAGACAAUGACAAAAAGACAUUCCUGUUAGCUGGAAGGAAAAGAAAGAAGAGCACAACUUCAAAUUACCUUAUCUCCAUUGAUGCCACAGAUUUGUCAAGAGGUGGAGAGAACUUUGUCGGAAAGUUGAGGUCAAAUUUAAUGGGAACUAAAUUUACAGUAUUUGACAACGCUCUGAAUCCAGAAAGAGCUCUUCCAGACAUGUCUAAUGCACGGCAGGAGUUAGCAGGCAUCAUCUAUGAAACAAAUGUUCUAGGUAUGAAAGGACCGAGAAGGAUGACAGUCAUCAUUCCAGGAAUGAACAAGGACAGUGAAAGAGUGCCGCUCAGACCAAGAAAUGAAUGUGACGGCCUGUUGAUAAGGUACCAGAAUAGAAGGAUGGACAAUCUGAUUGAGCUUCACAACAAGACGCCUGUAUGGAACGAAGAAACUGCGUCUCAUGUGCUGAACUUUAACGGCAGAGUCACCCAGGCCUCUGUCAAAAACUUCCAGAUAGUUCACAACAAAGACUUGGACUACAUUGUGAUGCAGUUUGGCCGAAUAGCUGAUGACAUUUUUACGCUGGACUACAACUACCCGAUGUGUGCUGUGCAGGCCUUUGCCAUCGCUCUGUCCAGUUUUGAUGGCAAAAUCGCUUGUGAAUAAAAUGGAGAUUCCCGUCUCUCUGGAAAGGCUAAAGCUGGAAACCAACACACCUGUACUGACCUGUAUGAGAGUCCAUGUCUUUCUCCUCUGCUGGUUUCCUGACAUUGAUUCCAGUAACUGCUGUCUUACACAAUAGACCAGUUUAAAAAUAGAGACUGUGAGUGGAUUUAUGAUGUCAGGUAGUCUUAAAGUAGGCUGUAUAGAAGAUAAAUAUCAUUUUAAAAGAUGAGGAUCUUUGACUUAUGUAUUACUGUUUGGUGAUUCAGUUUAAUGCGGAACUGUUUUCAGAUAACUGUCUGGUACGACUUUGCCAUUUUUUUUGCUGUUAAUACUAUAUUGGUCAAGAUUUUGUACGUUCUUGUGUUUUCCUGAGCAUUGCCUUUGUUGCAUUUCUGGGCCUCUAAUGUGCAUGUAUAUUAAACAUCUUUGAUGUCAGUCUGUAUUCCACAAAUGCUCUGUCAGUUGAAGAUCGAGACAGUGAGUUUUAGUAACCCAUGAGAAAAGUUAUGAAACGUCUUUUAUGACUGUAUCAUCUGAGCUGAGCGGGCCUCUGGCAGGUAAUCAGACAGAUUCCAGUUGCGCGUUUACAGACACCCACGCCGUUCUCCAGAGGCUGCCUGACAUGUUGAGAGGAGCUUCACUCACAAACGAAAAACCUGUUUGAACUGAGGACCUUUUGAGUGAGAGGUGUGUAUUCUGCCCGAACCUGCUCAGGCAGUUGUCCAAACUCGCAGAUUAAAUGAAGCCCGGCUUUGGCGGCUCCUCUUGAACGGAAGGUGAGCUCUUUUUCCCCCAGUUGCCUGUUUUUGGUACGUGACUCGCAGAUAAACAAACUGCCAUCUUCAGGGUCCUCUUAAGAGCCCGGAAUUCUUGAAGCUGCUCUUUGUGUUUGUCUGUCAGUGGUUAAUACAUUUACACUAUCAUGUGUUGCAAACAUUUUGUUGGCCAACAGAAGGAGCUGUUGCAGGACAUUUCUUUGGAUGGUUGAGAUGAUAAACACCAUUUUUUUAGGUCUUGUUAAUCAAUAUUAAUGUUUGUUUUUGAUUAAAUAAUGUGUAAAGUUUUCAUUUAUUGUGUUAAGUGCGUUUGGCAUUGAUGUAUUUAGCUAAUAAAUACAUUUGGAAAUGGAA